AUGCUCUUGCUGGGUCUAGUCCUGGUCCUUAUCCCCAACCCCAACGGUAUUGCUCUGCUGGGUCUGUGUCCUAUCCCCAACCCCACGAGUAGACGGGAGCUGAAGGACUGUCUGAUGGUGCUGGUAGAUGACCAACAGAAGCUAUCGGCCCAGAUGGCUAAGAGCACGCUGUCUGCCCUGCGUCUACGCCAGCGCCUGGUCAUCCUAGAGAGAUACCUCAUAUCCCUGAGCCACAGCAUGAUGGAAGAGAAGUACAAGGUCCGCUGGAAGAGCCCCCCCAGCCCCCCUCCACCCAUCGUAGACAACAAGAGCCCCCGGCCAGCCAGUAAGGGUGUGGAGGGUUUGGCCAGAGUCGGCUCCAGAGCAGCUCUCUCCUUCGCCUUUGCCUUCCUACGACGAGCCUGGAGAUCUGGUGACGACGCGGACCUGUGCAGUGAGCUGCUCCAGGAGUCCCUGGACGCUCUGCGGGCCCUCCCAGAAGCCACUCUGUUUGACGAGGGCACCGUGUCGUCCGUCUGGCUGGAGGUCGUGGAGAGAGCCACCAAGUUCCUCAGUGAUGUUCAUGGAAGUGGCAGUACCAAAGGCAGCAUCCCACUACAGGACCAACACCUGGCCUUGGCCAUCCUGCUGGAGCUGGCAGUACAGAGGGGCACUCUGAGCCAGCUACUGUCUGCCGUCCUGCUGCUGCUGCGUCUGUGGGACAGUGGGACCAGGGAGAUGGACAAUGAGCGCUCCACCCAGGGGACCAGCGCCCCCCUCCUCCCCCUCCUGCAGCGUUUUCACAACAUCCACAGCAGCAAGGAGGAACCCAGCCCUGAUGAGGAGAUGGAGAUCCUGGGGGCCCCUCUGAGUCCCAAUGAGAGUUUCCUGCGCUACCUGACGCUGCCCCAGGACAAUGACUUGGCUAUCGACCUGAGACAGACGGCUGUGGUCAUCAUGGCUCACCUGGACCGCCUGGCCGCCCCCUGCUCUCCCUCGCACUGCAGCUCCCCCACCUCCCACAAGGGCACUCUGCAGGAGGUGAUUGGCUGGGGGCUGCUAGGCUGGAAGCUGUAUGCCAACGUGAACGGUCCGGUGCAGUGCAAGGCUCUGUCGGGCCUUGGGUUUCCCAGAUAGUCUGUUCCGAGAGGGCUUCCUCAUCCUGGCUAGCAGUGGAGCCGUCUACACACAGAACUACAAGAGCACCACACUGGCUCCCGUGCUGGUCCACGCCCUGACCUCCAGGAAGAUAGUGAAGCUGGCAGCACAUCCAGACGGGCAGCACUACCUGGCCCUGUCGGCCAACGGAGAGGUCUUCUCCUGGGGCUGUGGAGACGGAGGUCGCCUUGGCCAUGGAGACACCACGUAUCUGGAGGAGCCAGCAGUGAUCACAGCGUUCACAGGGAAGCAGACGGGGAAGAAUGUGGUGCAGGUAGCCUGUGGGAGCACCUACAGCGCUGCCAUCACAGCUGAUGGAGAGUUGUACACCUGGGGCAGGGGCAACUACGGACGGCUGGGACACGGUGAGGCCUCUCCUUUACCUGUU